AGUGAGGACAGCUCACCGAUGGAACCAUCACGCCAGCGAAAACAGUAGGUGAUACGGAAAAAAAUUAAAAACGUUUAGCGGCCCGGAAGAGCUUUGAAAGAACGCUUCUCUGCCGAAAAGCGCAAGGCGGAUGCUACGGAGAGGCCGCGAAUUCGCGCGCGUUUUGUUUCCCGAAAACAAGCAGCAUGAUCUGUGAAGACGUCAGGAAGGCGUGUUUCGCGCAGCCUGCUUAAUGGAUGUGUUUCGUUGCGAAGAUAAACGAUCGUGGGACGUGCUACGGCCGCACAGCCGCUGUUUUCCCGUGUCCGUCGUCGUGUCCGUUGGCCCCUUGCAGCGGCUGCCCGACCCGAGGUGCGGACCAAGUGAGGACCACGGGCUGUAGUUUGCAUGGCCGUCCGGAGGUUGCCGUGGCGGUGACAUGUGGUACCUGAUGGAGAAUGCUCAGCGGUCGUACACCCUUUCGGAGAGGCUGCUGCGUGCCGUCGGCCACCACACCGGCACCAGAGGCGAGGACGUCGAGGAGCUAAUACGCCAAGGCGCCGACGUGAACCAGUCGCACGGCAGCUUCCUGCCCCUGCACUGUGCCUGCAUGGUGGGCGACUCCACCAGCGUCGCCAUCCUCCUCAAGUGGGGCGCCCACGUAAAUGGCUACGAUGGCUACCACCGUACGGCCCUCCACCACGCGGUGGAACGCAGCCCUCAGUGCGCAUCGCUCCUCCUGGCAGCAGGUGCCAACACCGAAUGCGUCGAUAUCAACAGGGACACCCCGCUUCACUGGGCUGCUUUUCGGAACCGGGCUGACUGUUGCCGGCUGCUGCUUGAGCACCAGGCAUGUGUGGACAGCCUCGACUUUAAUCACGACACUCCACUCAGCUGGGCUGCUAUGAAGGUGAGCACAAGCACUGCAAAACAGAUGAGCAACAUGUGA